UUGUUUGGGCGACUCCCGGCGGGACCGUUCAUCGGGCAGGCCCCACCAGGAAUUGAGCAGUCGUCUUGCACAUAUCAGCACACAAAGAAGAGCCACGAAGCUCCAGCCGUCAAGAUGUUGCUCUUCUGCCCCAACUGCGCCAACAUCCUCACCGUCUCCGCCUACGCCGGCGUCCGCAACCGCCUCGAGUGCCGCACCUGCCCCUACGAGCACGCCAUCACCGAUGCCAUCUACUCGCGCCGCGAAUUCGAGCGCAAGGAGCGCGAGGACGUCUUCGGCGGCCCCGGCGAGUGGGACAACGCCGACAAGGCCCGCGCCCAAUGCCCCAAGGACGGCUGCAACGGCGAGGAGGCCGCCUUUUUCCAGGUCCAGAUCCGCUCUGCCGAUGAGCCUAUGACUACGUUUUACAAGUGUAUGACUUGCGGAACGCGGUGGAGAGAGAACUGA